AUGUCGCGACCACCUGCCGCUCGCUCCUCGGUCGCAUCUGGCCUUGCGCCUCCACCACCCCCAGUCCAUCCCGCCAGUGCACAUGGCUCAGCCCUCUUUGCACCUCCUCCCCUCUCUGCUGCACCCACAAACCUGAGUCGCCCACAAUCCCGCUUAGAACCUCCUCCCCUAGGUGCCACAAUGGGCCCCAUGCCUGGCACCCUUGAACGGCCUAUCCACGGCCCCAAAAAGCGCCUGAUCGUGACCUGCGACGGAACCUGGCUCGACGCCGACAACGGCCUGGUAAACGGCCAUAAGCAACCUCCAUCCAAUGUCUCGCGCAUAGGCUGGGCCAUCAAAGACACAUCGCGCGACGGAAUCCCUCAAAUCGUGAACUACCAAGCAGGUGUGGGAACGAUGGGAGGUCCUGCCUCGCGCGUAGUUGGAGGAGCUACAGGCCUAGGGUUGAAGGAAAAUAUGCGUAUGUCGUAUACAUAUCUGGCUGUGAACUGGCGUCCCGGUGAUGAGAUAUUCCUCAUGGGGUUUUCCCGCGGCGCAUUCACGGCGCGAUCGCUGGGCGGCAUGGUUGGCGCAUUGGGGCUGCUCACGCGUAGCGGACUGCCCUUUUUCAACGAGAUCUUCGAGGACUGGGAACACCGCGCCGACGACCACUACGUCUCGCAGUUUCCUGACAUCCCUUUCCCCGAGAAAGGGAAAUUUGACGACCGAUACGUGCAGGAAUUGGCGAGGCGCGGAUUGACGACGUUGAACGUCCCGAUCAAGGCCAUUUGCUGCUGGGACACGGUCGGUGCUCUCGGUAUUCCUCGCGUGCCAUGGCUCGAGAGUCUGAGGCUCCAGGCGCGUGGCAUGCAUGCAUACGAAUUCUACGACACGACAUUACAUCCAUGUAUUGAGAACGCGUUCCAGGCAUUGGCGCUGGAUGAACGAAGAGCUCCCUUCACUCCGGCACUGUGGGAGAAGCGGGACAACCACACCACGAACCUCGUCCAGUGCUGGUUUCCGGGAGUGCACAGUAAUGUUGGUGGAGGCUACGACGACCAGGAGCUGGCGGACAUCACGUUGGCGUGGAUGAUUUCGAAACUCGAGCCGUUCCUGGACUUCAGACCAAAUUCGCUGAUGGGACUGUGGGAGGAAAAUCGCGCUUACUACAAGCAGACGAGACAGAGGACGAGGUGGUGGAGUUUUGGCGAGAUAUUGGAGACUGUCAAGGGCCUUUACGCGUUGACGGGAGCGAGAACGCGGACGCCCGGGAAUUACUUCCGCACGGACCCUGACACGGGACGGCCCACCAGCAAGCGAUUACGAGGGACGAACGAGUUCAUCCACGCUUCUGUGCGCGCGAGGCUGGGAUUGCAGGGCCCCGGGGUGCAAGACCGCGGCAACUACGAUCCACCCGCUCUACGGGACUGGACUUUUGACGUGGAAUUCGUCGGACCAGGGCACGGCGGUAAUCAGGAUGGAUUGAUGGUGAUGUGGAACAACCACGGCCGCUCGUCGAGGCGGAGGGGAGAGAAAGGCGGGCAGGAGAGGAUACCGGAAGAGAAGCUGUCCGAGACGGAAUUGGUGCUUCUGAAGCAGAGUCCCCGCGUCUAUGACUAUGUCAUGCAGCUACGGCCGGCCGGUGGACCGGGCGGAAAGAGGAGGUCUCGAAGACAACAGGGGCAAAACGGCGCGCCGAAUGGACCAUACCCGGGAGGCGUCGGGACGCCGCAGCCACCGCCUGGAUCUUUUGUCGGAGGCCCGCCGCCGCGUCCUCCAUCAAUGGCAGGUGGGAUGAACGGGAGACGCAGCGGGAGGUCCCUGAACAUGAACGCCAACGCCGACGCCUCGCCGCCCGACGACAGCGAUGACGAAAGCCCGGAGCAGCGCGACAGGGAGAGAGAGCGGCGGCACCGGAGGCGACGCGAGAGCGGCGGAGACCCAGCAGACCGAGACCGCCACAGUAGACGCCGGCGGAGCCGCAGGUAUGAAGACGACGAGUAG